GUUGCUGUUUGUCAUCAUUUUGCCAACGUGAUCUCCAGUUGUCAGAAAAAUAAACGCCCAGUGCUUGCGAUGACAUCGUUAAAAACAGAACUGGUUAUCAGUGAAAUGGAAAAAAAUGAAGCUAACGUACCCUCAAAAAGGCCAAGGAGCAUAUCUUCGCGCCCACAAACAAAAAUACCAGGCGAGUGGAGACAGCGAAGAGACAACAUUAUGUCACUCAGCAAGACAGAUUAUGCUACAAGAGGUAAAAAAAUUAUUCGGGACCUCAGUUCAACUCUUGAAAAAGACGAAAAUGUUACAAAAGUAAUGUAUUUACUUUAUGAAAAAGCAGUAAAGGACGUAUUUAAUUUUCCGAUAGCUGGGCUGCUUUUCGAAGACUUGGGCUUACAAAGCAAUUAUGAUGGGGAAGACCAAUGCCUGAAAAUGUUUGGCAUGCUACAAGAUGCACUGCAAACUGGGUUGUCGGAGUUGAAAAAUAAACUUAUGCUGUUAGAAAAAUCAGAUGGCGUAGAAGUUGGCCUUGUGUUUCUACUUUUUUCGCUCUGGAAGCUACAGAAAUUGAGAGGUAGUGAUGGUUCUAUCUUCAGGGAUUUGCUCGUGAAAUUGUUACCGGCAUUUUAUGCCUACACGCUAGCUGUCAGCAAAGACACUGACAAAAGAUUAAAUGAUGCAGUUGUAAGUGCGCUUUGCCUCACUGUUCAGGUCACAAAAAAUCAACAAAGCUCAGAAAAUGAAGGUCAGAUUGUAGAGAGUGUUGCUACGUUUUUGCGAACAUGUUGCUUAGACACUUCCAUUACAGCUUUUGGAAAGACUCAAGUUAUAUACACUUUGGAAUGUAUGACUUCUACAUGUAGCAAAGAAAAACAUGCAGCAAGUCUUGAGUAUUAUGCAAAACUUUAUGCUCAGGAAUGCGAAAAAAGACAAUACCUCAUUAAUGCUAUGGAGCAAGUAUUUUGUAAGUUAUCACCAAAAACAAUUAAGAAGAGUGCUAUUUUGAAGCCUUUGCCCCUCAAGGAAAAGAGACUGUCACCAGAUUUGGUGAAAAUUAAUGGAACCAAUGGAUUAUCUCAGCAUAGUGUGAUGGCACAUCAAAAAACAGAAAAUGUUUUCAAAAGUGAAAAUGUUGGAAAACUUCCGAAUGCCACUGAUCAGUUAUCGCAUCAAGAAGAUACUGAGAGAAGUUUGCAAAAAGAAAACUUGUCACCUGACCUUAUUGACCUGACUGAUGAAAUUGAACCAGCUGCUGAAAUACAAAAUCCAAAUGAAGAUGUAACAGAGUACCUGAAGGUUCCAGAAGAAUGCGUUGAAAGAAUUCGUGGACAUGAAAAGGCAAUUUUGAGAAAGUUGGAAUUCCAGUCAGAUGCCAUUAUUGAGUUAGGCAGUGAAAUGGCAGAAGAAAGACCUGAAACAUCGUCUUUGACAGCACACAGGCUAGUGGCUGGCUCUCUAGGAAUUGCUGCAAAAGUUCCAGAAGAUGUAUUGAAACAUGAGAGAGAGAAGAUUGCAAAUGCUAAAGAGUUUGCUGCUCGCUAUCAGCUGUCAUCGAGGCAACAAGAAGUUAAGCUUAAAGGGACUUCACAAGCUGUGAAUGCUGCAAAGCAACUUAUUAAUGAAAUCGUGAACAGUACAACGUAUUUGGUCGUCAAUCUUCCUGGCUUCACCAUCAAUGAGAUAGUUGAUACAUUGGGAGAAAAAUUGAGAUCAAUCGAGACUCUGAUGAAUGUCAUUUUUCGUUUGGUGGAACUCGAUGACAGCAACAUUGAACUUCACAUUUCUGGCGACGAGAAGAGCUGCAAGGAAGCAAAGUCGCUUAUUCUGGAAUCUAUCGGAAGCCUUGACUUCUCACAGGGCUUCCUCUUAAGAAUGCCCCCUGUCCUAUCACCGAUUCUCCCCUCAAAAGAAGAUAUUUCGCAAUUCAUUUGCAAACUGAUGGAAGUUUGCGAAAUCCAUAUUUUGCUGUUGCAGAACGACAAAAGGUGGUUUUUCUUUUUGAAUGGUGUUUCCCAAAACGUCUACAAGGCUCAGAUGUUAUUGAACAAAGUGAAUGCUGAGGUCGUUUUUUCAUCAAAAAGCUCUGUGAAGAAGAUCCCUGAUCUCCUGGAACUUAUUGACAGAAUAAAUGAAGAAGAUUUCCUGUCGCCUCGCAGGUUGUCAAGAAGCUCAAGCGAAACACCAGAGAAGACCAGGAUAUAUAGCAGAGAAUCACUAUUGCAGUAUUCCGACUCAACCUCUAGCCGUGUAUUGCCAGAUGCAUUAAAAAAGAUCCUUAAUGGUGAUGACAACAUAUUCAAAGCUAUCAUCCUGACACGGUCUCGCCAUGGACUUGGAAUAGAAGAUCCAGCGGACCCCUGAAGACCAAAAUGGUUCUUUAUCUCAUAGUUCUCAGAGGCGAGGCAUAUUCUGAGGAUAUUUACAUGAAUGCAGCCCAGUGUUGUUUUUGUGCCAGUCUUUUUGCCAAUUUGUUGAGUAAAAUUUAUUGACAGGCCCGUUUUGAUAUUAUAAUAGUAACCUUAUUUAUCGCUUGGUAAAAACGUUAUAUUUUGAAAGGAAUUUUACGAAAAAUCCUCUCUAAUUAAAUUAAAGCAUUUCCAUGUCAUAAUAGAUUUAUGCUUCAUAUCAGUACAUCGUUUUUCAGUUUCAGUUCAUGUUUUGUUCGCUAAUUAGUUAAUAAAAUGCAUAUUUUUUCUUCGCAUACAUGUGUUAAUAUCAAUAUAGUUUAUAAUAUACAAUUAUAUAUGAAAUACUGAACUAUUAAUUCAGGCCAAUGUAUUUAUACCUUUUUAUUGUUUUACCAUAGGUACUUCUAUACAAUUCAAUGUACCACAUUUCCAUAUUCUAGACCUGACCUAAAGAGAAGAAAUAAAUUUGAAUGAUUUUGGAAACUAAAAGGCAUACAGUGUAAGCUUACUCCUCAUUACAGCCAAGUUAGCAAAAUCCAAGAUAGGUCAAAGCAAAGCUCGUACUUAAGGGAAAGUGAAGUUUUACUUGGCACCCAUAACACAGGCAUAGUCACUGUGUUAAAAAUUCCCUACAUUCAUAUACCGUAUUUCCUCUAAAAAGCGCUUUUUUGAGGGUGGGCACUUUAAAAUUUGCGAUGGUUUCAAGGGAUGAGCGGCUUUUUCGAAAAGAGCUCUUUUUUGAUGGUGGCCGCUUUUUAGAGAAAAUACGGUAUGCCAUUAAACGUCAUAAAACUCCGGACUCCACGAAAAUGUGAGUCACGUGAUUUGCAAAGUAAUACAGUAACGAAAUGAUGACGUCAUAAAAUUUGUUUUUAGAGUUUUUAAAUUUUUAACCCAGAACCUAAAAGAGCAUCAUGCAAUACAUCCAGAUAUGCAAAGUCAGAUAAAAACAUUACGAAUUGGCUGAGAUAUGGCCACAUGAGCACGGGGUCUUUCCCCAUCAAACCUCUGUAAUUUGGUCUUGGUUUAUAACUUUAUAAUAUAACAUAACUUUGUUCAAAACUAAAAAGCGCCCAACCUUAGUCUUAAAAUCUUUCAUUGGCCAUAUCUCGCCCAAUUUUGAACAUAUCUAAUUGAUUUUGCCUAUUGAGAGGUAUUUUAUUCUGUUCUUUCAUGGAUUUUUGAUGACGUCACACUUCGGUACUCUAUAGUUAUAAUAGGUUUUGUUAGAUUACUGUUCUGUUUCGUUAAAGUUGAAGAUGCUGCAGCUACUUAGCAGUCAGUAUUUAGAAAUCUUUUGUGUUUGCGUCUUUGUGUUCUUGCUUCCUAAUCACGUUGAAGUCAUUUUCUUUAAUGGUUCAAUCUCGCUAUCUGUUGCAUGUUUCGUGAUAUACAGAAACCAAACUCUGGAGCAUGUUGUUAGGAGUGGAAAGCAUGACUGUAUCACAAGCUAUUCGCUUCGUAUGGACCGUUCCUGACUUCAUUGAAACUUUUUUUGAUUUCAACAAACAAAAAUACAGGAGCAUUGCUUAAAAAAUGUUUCAAGAAAAUCUCAAAAGAGGCUGAGAUUGCAAUGCCAAGAGAUUGCUUUGUUAUUAGACAGGGCAUAUGGUAUAACAUUCUAGCAAACUUGCUAACCUUUGUUUUCUCGACGUAAUCUCAUAGAUUAAGCUAUGGACUUUCCAAAUUCGUCCGGUACCUUUUUGAAAAUUCCUUGUUAUCACGUGAAUGAUGACGUCAUUUUCAUACAAAUUUCAACAUUCAAAGAAUCGUAACUUUUGAUGGAAAUAAAAUAAUCGAAUGAAACUUGCAUUUUUUGAAUUAGCUCAAAGAGAUCUUUUGAAUGAUAUAUAAAUAUUCUAAGGGGAAGGGGAAAUGGAGAGUUCUUCGAUUUUUGUGCCAAUAUUCACUUUUACGUUCUCCUGGAUAAGUUGUUCAAGAAAACCGAUUUUCACUCGUCAAAAAAGCCUCAGUGAUUAAAACUAAAGCAUACAUUAUCGUUAAGGCAAAUAGUCAGUAUCUGACGUGUCAGUUCUCUCUUCAACUGACGUUGUAAAGUCACUCUCCCAAUCAGAACUUCUUUCACUAACUUCUGAAUUUUUCUCCUCUCUACUUUCUCUCUGCUUCACAUCAUCAUCUGUCUCGAUCGGCCUUGCUGAGCGACGUGUGUUCAUUUUCCUCUUCUUACGCGAAGGUGCCACUGCAUCUUGUUCUGACUCUAUGUUUGCCUCGCAGCCAUCCACAUCAUUUUCUUUCCUCGUCCUAGACUUUGUUUUACUUUGAAUCAAUGAUCUGGGAAGUUGGCUCCCAGUGAACCAUACUGGGGUAACAACGGAAGAGUGGUAUUUGUUUUCCAGCCAAAGUCAUCGAUAUUCAGUUCAGUCACCGGAUACUUCGGGCAAUUCAGCCAAGUGUAACAUUGCAAAAUGAAUGCGUUUUAUCUCAUAACAUAUUGAAUCAGGAUCUGGCAAUAAUGGUGCAGAUGAUUUCACCUUCAUUGCUGCACUCGUGUUUCGACGUAAGUUUCUGUUUCCUUUCCGUUAUAAAGAACAGUCUGGGUGGAUUUCUUUGCACUUUAAAUUGCAUCGUCUUCGAUAUUUUUCCCUUUCCCCAAUUACUCCAUAAGUGCCAGGCUGCUGGCGUUCUAUACUACCUUUUUAUAUGCCUUUACUUUUCCGACAUUGAAUUCGUAGGCAGUGGUGUCGCAUCUGGUUAUGGCAUGUAACUGAGGUAAAGUUUCGCAUACUUCAGAACCAACUUUCUCAAAUAUGGCCCU